UAUACCACAACAUCACACACCCUACCUGAUAUUUAUUCAGAUUUAAUUUAUACUGUACAUACUGAUUAAAGCCAGAGAUUAGAAAGAGUUCUGUAAUACAGAGAGCUCUGAUUGUGUAAAGUUGUAUAAGUGGACAUUUUUAGAUGUAGACACAGAUCUGAGAGAAUUAAAAGUUCACAGUUGCACAAUGCUGCCUGACCUCAACCAAAAAUAGAAUCUUAUUUCAGAGUUUGCAUUUCACCUUGUUUUUUGUCCCCUUUAGUAAGCAGUCUAGUAAAGCUGAAGUAGACCAUUGUGUAUUGUGUUGCACUAAACAUGUGACAUUCUUUUAAUAAGUCUGGAUGAGAAUAGGUCCAGGUCUGUAAUCCUCAAGCCCCUCCUCAGCUCCUGCAUGGAGGAUAAAAACCUCCUGAUCCUUUAAGGAACACAACUCCUCUCUGACAAUGUUUCUCUUGCAGUUCCUCAGCAGCUUUUUCAGAGCAUUGAUUACAGAGAAAAUGAACAAAAAGAAAUUGAAAGCAGACACGUAUGAUAUCACUGUGUAUAAGCGGGGGGAUCUCCUGGAGGUUCCCCGAACGCUUUUCACACAUUUUGGUAUCUAUCUGGGCAGCAACCGUGUGGCUCACUUUAUUCCUGACAUCCUGCCUGUUAUCUCAGCUGAUAACAGUGCAAUCUCCAAGACAGUGUCCAACAGCCGUCUGAUUCUGGGCGUGAUUGCAAAAAAGGCCAGCGUUCGUGUGGACUCUGUGGAGGACUUUGCAUACGGAGCUGAGAUUCUGGUGAACAGCAUGGACACGGUGUGCAGUCGGCCGCCCCUUCAGGGUGAAGAAGUGGCCAUGCGAGCGGAGAAGCUGAUGGGAAUCAUGGACUACAGUCUGCUGUGGUUCAACUGUGAACAUUAUGUCAUGUUCUGCAGAUACGGAACCAGCAUGAGCUUUCAGACGUAUCAGUUCUGUAAAAGUGUCAGGAAGAUUCUGUUCAGUGGGACCAGCUCGUGCCUGAGCCUUGUGUUGUGUGUGUGGUUUCUGGGCAGCGUCUCCAUGUGUGGAGUUUUACCCACGCUGUUCAUUCCCUUCACCAUAUGGAUGGCAUCAUGAGUUAAUACUGUGUUCAUCUCACUACUGAGAUUCAAUAGAAAUGUAGCGUGGGGUAUAAAAUCUACAUCAUGUUGACAGAAAUUUCAACACUUUGAGUUGCUUCCUCACAGUUCCUGAUCUUAACCUGAGCUCAAGUUCUUCCGGCGUCUCUGUGGGUUUCCUCUGGGUUCUCUGGUCUCCUCCCACCUUCCAUGUGAGUGUGCGGACUGGUUAAGGCUCUGGAUCCACCUCCACGUUGACCUGGAUAACAUCAGUGGAUGAAUCCAAUGUUCUGACGAGUUAAAUAAUAUUUUACAUUGUGAUGAUUUUUCUGUUGUAUAUGUUUCAGCACACUGUAUAUUACACUCUACAAUAUACUCUAUAUAUCACAGUAUAUUGAGAAAACGAUCAUACAUGUGGAAAUAAAUUAGUUGAUCAAUG